UCGAUAGAUGUUUCAGACUAUAUCACCACUCAGUUUCUCCUCCGCAUCGCUACGUUUUGGUUGUGCAUGUGAUCCUAUAUCUAUCGCAUGGUCAGAAUCUUACAGAACCUACUAGUGAUAAAUGGACAUGAUACCAGAACCUGACUACAGUGAUACAGAGGAAGACAAGGAUCAAAAGAUCUGUCAACCUUUGUCUCGACGUAGAUCAAAUAGUAGUACCCAAUACAACAAAGAAGGUCUGGUUUUACCUAGAAAACUUUGUAAUCCUUGUCUAGAAUCAUCCGAGAGAAAGAGUCUUCACAGAGAACUCCUCUUCAAUCAGAGAAUAGGAAAGAAUGUCCUAAACCAGAAAACAGAACUUCAGAAAGUCCUGGAAAAAUUCAAAGACGAGCAAAAGAAAAAAAAUAUAGAAGAAGAAAAACAAAACAAACGUACUGCCCUAGAAAAGAAACUAGAACAACAAGCCAGUAGAAUCAAAGAGUAUGAAGACUUAAACGAAGAGAAACCAAAGAAGGAUGAAUCCGAAUUUCUAAAGGUUCAUGCUAAAGUUCGUGCACAUACUCUUUCAUAGAGUUGUAUUUAUGAUUUUUUUCCGAUGUAAAUAGAUAUGAAAACUGGUCAAUCAUUAAUGAUGACGUAUUUCAACUCAAAUUACAGAUUUGACUAUUGAAGAAUAUGUUCUGACAGUCUGUGUUUGUACUCUUAAAACAUUCCUUACGCAAUGCUGGUACGACGGAAAAAUUCAGUUGUUUUUUAGAUGGUUCGCACAGAUCAGAAAAUCAUUGAAAAAAACAGGAAUUUGUAAUCAAAUUUUUCACUACUAGAAAAUCAAUGUGUUUAUGUAUGUUUUGUUUUAAAUCAUGAGGUCCUGUGAAGUCGUUGAAAGUCCAACCUUUAUCACUCCCACGUCCUACGUUUUUAUUGACGACAAGCAUUGUGCUUAUCUCAGUUUACAAAAACACGUCUUUAGAAAAUGUUGCCCCUAAAAUGGUUAAUACGUUGACUUGGCAAUAUUAAUCAGUAACAGGCUUUUGAACUAUGUACCUCUGUUUACAAAUGAACAGGUGUCACGUGACUAUUGUUAGAAUGAUAUUGUUAAUGUAAAAUAAGCUCAAGACUCAUUUGAAGGAAAUUGAAAUCAUAAACAUGUUGAUAGGGUAAAGAACAUGAAUGUUUCAGAAUUUUACUAAUUACAUCUUAAGCAUAAGCACUUCAAAAGUAAUUAACGUAUCUGGCCCAAGUUCUUCUUAAGCCUAAAAUUCGUUAAUAAACAGAAGGAAAAACGUAAAUCUAUAAUAGAAUGAGUAUCACGAACAUAAUCGCUGUGCAAUGAAAGCGUUAAAUAUUUGCCAUUAAAGAUAGCCUGUAAGCUUAUACCUGAUAAGGUCACCCGUUAUUUCCAGUGAUCGAUGUAGGCCGGGAUAUAUUGAGUGACGUUUUGGGCUUCCAUUACUAAAGAUUUCGGGGACAAUCUUCUGCUUUUAAGGGAAAAUCAGUACUAAAAUAUUCUCCUAUUCCACAUUUUGUACUUAAAGGCGUUUGAUGAUGGAAUCCUUGGGUGGAUGUAAAAAGAUAUGUUUGGUUCUUCCAUUUGCCAGUUCAAUUUUCAGCUUUUUUAUCAUUGAUCAUUGUUCUUUUGUAUUUCCCUUUUUUACUCUGUUGAUAUCUUUAUAUACUAUUUUGAUUUUAUCAUUACAGUAUUUCUGCAUUUCAUGGCUGUCUUUUUUGUACAACCCCAAUUUUACUGUUAUAAUCCUUCUGCACAUCUCAAAUAGCUUCUUCGAUUUUGUUUCAAUUAAAUUUAUUUUUGUUCCUACUUCUUCUUUAUAUAUUACACCUCUUUUUUUAACUCCUCUCUUAAAUUUCUGUUUCUUACUACUUUUUUCUGCUUUGGAUUUUCUUCCUCUUUCUUUCUGGUCUGCUUUUAAUUUUUCUUUUCACAAUUUCCUUGUUUCAUCAUCUCUAGUAAAGUUUAGAUCUCAUUUCGAGUAUGUAUUGUCAUACUGAAGUUCAGUUUAGCUUCUAAUUUAUUUUUACCAAAAUAAUCCCACUCCUGACAUAACUGUUGUAAGAACUUUUGUAGUAGAGUGGGCUCUCUUUCAUUAUUCGGUAAAAAUAAAGUCCAAUUCACUUAACAAUAACUUGUUUGUUUGUUAAGCACAAAGUUAUACAAUGGGUUAUCUGUGCUGUGCCCAGCACGGGUAUUGAAACCCGGUUUUUAACGUUAUAUGCCUUCAGACUUACCAUUGAGACACUGAGGGAGUGGAGGGGCUUAACGAUAACAAAAGCAAUUGUUUUUCUUCAACAGAAACUUAAAAGUUCUAGAGGCUACAUGUUAUUAUCAUAGACUGUACAAAUCCUUUUUGCACCAGAGCAUAGGUGGUGAAGAAAAUAAGAAAAUCAAAUAUUGUAGAAUUAAUGUUUGUCUAUAAUAAGAUUAAUUACAGUUGACAGAUGUUUUUCUUUUUUAUAUUAUUUGCAGAACUGGUAACUAUUUUCUC